UAAUCUUCUUUUCUCACUCACUUCUCUCUUUUCCCAUCACAUCAUGGCCCCCCUUGUCCUUCUCACGGGCGCCACCGGCCUAAUUGGCUUCCGCGUCCUUCAAGAGCUCCUUCUCAAGAGCGACUACAACAUCAGAAUCACCGUGCGCUCCGAGGCAAAAGCACAAACCAUCUUCUCCAACCCAGUAAUCCAGGAGCUCAAUCCCGGUGACCGACUGACCUCCAUCCUUGUCCCGGACAUCCUGGCGGAGCAUGCAUUCACGACCGCACUGCAAGAUGUGUCAUUCGUGAUCCACACGGGCGCUCCGCUGCCGGUGCCUGGAUUCGACCCUCUCACACAAGUCUGGAAGCCCACGGUGGAAGGCACCGCCAACCUGCUGAAGUCCGCCCUGAGCGUGCCCACCCUCACGCGGGUCGUGAUCACCUCGUCGAUCGUGGCCAACAUGGCUCCCAUGCCCGACCCCUUCGUCACCGUCAGCGCAGCCUCCCGCAUCACCCUGCCCGGGACCCCCGAGACUUUCUCCAACGUCUUUGAGGCCUACGUUCUCGCCAAGAUCACCGAGCUCAACGACACGGACGCGUUCGUCGAGCGCGAGCAACCGCCUUUCUCCGUGGCCACAGUGGCCCCCGGCUACGUCUACGGGCGCGACGAGCGCGUCCUCAGCGCCGAGGCGGCGGUCACCAAGGACAGUUCGCCUGGGAUCCUGUUGCGCAGCGUGAAGGGGAUCGACUGCCCCGUCCCCAUCCAUGGGGGCUACGUUCACAUCGAUGAUCUGGCGGAGUUGUAUCUGCGGGUGGUGCAGCGGCAGCCCGACGCGCAGACUCCAUCCAGUUUCGGGGCCUGCGCCUUGGUCGACUACGCGGACGUGUGGCGCGUCGCGGAGAAGGAGUACUCGGCCGCCGUGGCGGCUGGCGUUCUCACGCGGGCCACCCUACCGACGCUGCCGAUCGCGUACGAUUCCAGUGAGACGGAGAAAGCUUUGGGAAUGACGUUCCGGCCGUUUGAAGAUGCGGUCAAGGAUGUGGUCGACUUUUACUUGGAGAGGUUGGAGGCAGAGAAGGCUUCGAGCAGUUGA